AUGCUUGAAAAAAGAAAAAAUAUCUCAAGGUUUUUUAUAGCAAGGUUAUCAGGUGACAUGAUUUAUGAAGCAAGACAUACAAGUUUGAUUGGAGAAAAAUUCACAAUUGAUCUCAAGAGGUUGAAGUGCUCUUGCAGGAGUUGGAUGCUCACUGGCAUUUCAUGCUACCAUGCAAUUUCUUGCAUUCAAAAUAGAUCUCAAGACCCAGAUGAGCACAUUCCUCCAUGUUAUAGGAAAGAGACUUACCAGGCUUGCUAUAAACCAUUCAUAUAUCCAACAAAUGGAGAAAUCUUAUGGGAACUGACACAAUAUCCUGACAUACUUCCACCACAUUCUAGAAGAGCACCAGAGAGGCAAAAAAGAAGAAGAAAUAAGGAUGCUGAUGAAAAGAGAAAGGAUUCAACAAAUUUCUCAAGAAAUGGGUUGCCAAAUAAAUGUUCAAUAUGUGGUAUUUCUAGCUACAACAAAUCAUCAUGUCCUACAAAACCAAGAGAAGCCCAAAAUGCUACCACUGUCCAAUCACAAACUGUAACAAAUGUCCAACCCCAAACUACCAAUACUGAUCAAUCAUAA